GACUGGAAAAUCAUCGAAUCGGAUUUGCCCAUAAAUACCUGUUUGGGAAAUGAAAGCGAUGGUCAUUUCUGGAUGCGAUUCGAUGACUUCUUGGACCAAUUCAACUAUAUAGUUCUUUGUCAUACAGCAAUUGGUGACUCUUGGUUCAGAUUCACUCCACAUGGAUGGACAGAAAUCCUCUCCAAGGCUUCUUGUCCUACUUGCAGCAUUCCCAUUGAGGGUGAUGUGAAUGACUAUGAUCUGUACUCGUUCGCUGAAUCUCUGCCCCAUCCAGGACGUCUUUGGCGAGAAAUCACGUUUCAUGGAUCGUGGGAUGCGAGAUCCAGUGGUGGCUGCUUGAAUUAUCUGAGCUCAUUUCAUCGAAACCCUCAGGUUGAGGCUAAUCGAACGACACGUUUGGAAUCGUUUACCCAAAUUCAAUUCGUGGCCAAUUCGUUGUAUCGUAAUAGCCGUGCGGUUUGGAUUCGUCUUUGUCUCGAUCGUGGACGAUACUGUAUUAUUCCGACAACGUUUUAUCCGGAUUGUUAUACUGAAUUUAUGCUACGGUUGGUCGGUGUACCGCCGAUCUCAGCCUUUGAAUUUCAAAAUGAAGUCCAACUGUCAGCUGAACCAUUCAUCCAAACGCAGCAAUCCAAUUCGUCUGACCAUGUGACGGUCCCUUCCACUGCGGCCGCUCGUAGGCGUCUUGUCAUAAGUCGUCGUGUACGUAGUUGGUUUUGUUCCCUCGGAGAACUACUUCAGUGGGACUGUUCCUCCUUGGGCAUGCCCGGAUCUGGUCACGAUGUUGUUGCUGAGCUCGAAUCAGUAAUCCGUGUUCUUUUGAUCGAUAUUGUCUUGCAACCUGUCUCGGUUGAGUCCGUUGCUCGUCUCAUCGGGCGAUCAAAUCCUCAGUCCAUCAAAAAUUCCAGCGCCCCGGUAUUUUACGUUCGAUUGGCGCAUAUUGGAAAAACAGUAGAAAGUGGUGUGCACCGAUCUGAACUUUUGGGACUUUCUAUGGCACACGGGAUAGUGCGUUUCGAUGAAGCGUUUCUAUUCGACGUAGGAAAAUAUCAAGCGCAUUCGAAAGUUGUUUCUAUUGAGGUUUUUAUCAAAAAUGCAACAUUUGACGAACUGCAUAGCCGAGGUAUCAUCACACUUCCAAAUUUGACACAACCACUCCGUCAGAUGCACCAGGUUGCACUUUAUCCAGCGAAGCAGAAAACGCCAACUUGUGCAUUUUUCCGAACCCGCCAUCGACAAAUUGCAACAAAUGAGCGAGGAAGUCCACCACUGGAGCACUUUGUUCGCCGGAAACGCACCGUAAAUAGUGUAGUACGGUCCACUCCAAUGAUACCAGAUUUUUUAUCUGCAACACCGUCAUCGUUGGACCCGUUUACUUCGGUCUGUCGAUCAUCGUUUGAAUACAGUGAUAGUUUGCUAACCCCACCGACGGAGGGUGAUGACAAAUCCUCGUCCGGGUCGACUGAUGACGAGGAUUCAAUGGUAGUACGAUGUUACUCUGAUCUUUCACAUGACUGGAACGAUGGAAGAUGCGGAGUACUCAACAUAGAAAUUUCUCGAUUUUAUGUGGGUUACUAA